CGACCGAAUGAUAAUUCAAUCAACUAUCUAACAGUUUAACAAGUACUGCAAACUCACUCAUCCCUUUCCCUCGUUUGUGUCACCGCAAAGGGUAACUCGGUGUGAUGACUCACCCAGGACUCACCAACUCGCUCUCUCUUCAUCAUCACAAUUUCAUUCCCAAUUAUCGCCCCUUCUCUUCUCAAUCUCAAAUUCUCCGUAUUUCUUCUUCUUCAUUCGCCAAACCCAAACCAAAACCAUUAUUCCUCCGGUUCACUCGCCGAAUUAUCGAACCGCUUCACCCCCGGUUCAUUGUCUCCGCCGUCCAUCAAUCUGAACCGGAACGGCUUCCUCCACCCAAUGCCCAAAAGGAGGAUUUGCUCUUGAAAUCUCAACAGCAAGGUAGUCAGCUUAGGAACAGAGUUGUUUUUGGACUUGGCAUUGGGAUUUCUGCUGGUGGUAUUGUGUUGGCCGGAGGAUGGGUUUUUGCAGCAGCUAUAGCCGCAGCUGUCUUUGCUGGUGCACGUGAAUAUUUUGAAUUGGUAAGGAGUCGAGGAAUUACAGAAGGAAUGACACCUCCUCCGCGAUAUGUGUCACGAGUCUGCUCUGUCAUUUGUGCCUUAAUGCCAUUGCUUGUCAUGUAUCUUGGUCAUAUUGAUGUUUCUGUGGCUUCUGCUGCUUUUGUUUUGGCCAUGGCAUUACUCGUGCAAAGAGGAAGUCCCCGUUUUGCACAGCUAAGCAGUUCCAUCUUUGGACUAUUCUAUUGUGGAUAUCUUCCAUGUUUUUGGGUUAAGCUUCGAUGCGGUUUAGCAGUUCCUGCCUUGAAUACAAAACUUGGAGCAACAUGGCCUGUUCUUCUUGGUGGUCAAGCUCAUUGGACAGUAGGUCUUGUGGCAACUUUGAUUUCCAUAAGUAGCAUAAUUGCAGCUGAUACAUUUGCAUUCCUUGGUGGCAAGACAUUUGGGAGAACGCCACUUACUAGUAUAAGUCCAAAGAAGACAUGGGAGGGAACUUUUAUAGGAUUUUGUGGGUGUAUAGUUACUUCUGUUGUCCUGUCAAAAGUUUUCAGCUGGCCAACAUCAUCAUUGAGCGCAAUAGGUCUUGGCAUUUUGACUUUCUUUGGGUCAGUUUUUGGUGAUCUCACUGAAUCAAUGAUUAAACGCGACGCUGGGGUGAAAGACUCUGGCUCACUAAUACCUGGUCAUGGUGGAGUACUAGACAGAGCGGAUAGUUAUGUUUUCACGGGUGCACUUGCAUACUCUUUUGUCAAAACCUUUCUGCCGUUUUAUGGAGUAUGACAUGGAAUAGUGCGAAUCAAGUGUAAAUGUUUACGGAAACUCGUGGGUAUUUUACCUGGGAUCAGAAGACAUCAACCGCUAACAUAAAAUUUGCAUAAUCUUGUGGAGUGGAACAGAUAGAUGUUUUGUGAGAAUCAUCACUUGAUCAGAAAAGGAGCAGCAGGAAUUUCCUUAUCAUCCCAAGACAAGUUGACCAUAGCUCAAUGUUGUUUCUUUUUCGAGAUUACACAAGCUCAAGGGUAUGAGGAUCAAGCAAGGGUAACAUUUAUUGUGUUGUGACUUGUAAAUAGUUACUAUAAUUUGGCUUUGAAAGAGACAGAACGGUUGCAGUUGCUAUAACUAUUUUGAUGUAUGAGCUAACCAAUGUCCCUAGGCAAUAGUUAAUAAGAAUCAUUGGUGCUAGUAAUUAUUUUUUGGGGAUUAUUGAUAUUGAUACUAAUAAUAGCCUUGUUGUAUUUUAGUGACAAAAUUACCAUUCACAUGAUUAUUUUAUAGCAAGUGUUAAAUACAUAUUGCUUCGUCUAUCUUGGAAGAGAUGAAGAGGGUAUGUAAUUGCCUUAGUUUGGCAUUAUUAAUGUUGAUGCUGAUGUACUUUACUUUUCAAUGUGCAUUUCAUUUCAUUUCA